UGUCGACAUGGCGCAGGCGAGGUGGGAGCAGAAACUACGGAAAGAGCAAACCUCCUAAAGAAAAUUAAAAGACAAGAAAACAGCUGCCCACGUAUUUGAUCUUUAAUACUUCACACGCGGAUCCAUAUUUGGAUUAACAGAACAGAUCAGAACAAGAUGAUGUCUGAUGCGAGCGACAUGUUGGCGGCUGCCUUGGAGCAAAUGGACGGCAUCAUAGCAGGCUCCAAGGCUCUGGAUUACUCCAAUGGCAUGUUUGAUUGUCAGUCCCCGACAUCGCCCUUCAUGAGCAGCUUGCGAGCCCUGAACUUACUGGAGGACCUGAGGGGCGUCCUGGAGCUCAUGGACGCUGAGGAGAGAGAGAGUCUGCGUUGCCAGAUCCCCGACUCUACCGCUGACAGUCUGGUGGAGUGGCUGCAGGGUCACCUGUCAAAUGGACACAUUUCAAUUACCGGAGAUGUUUACCAGGACAGACUAAAUCGUCUUGAAAGUGACAAAGAAUCCCUUGUGCUUCAGGUGAGUGUUUUGACAGAUCAGGUGGAUGCACAGGGGGAAAAGAUAAGAGAUCUAGACGUGUGUCUUGAAGAACACCGAGAAAAACUAAACGGCACCGAAGAAAUGUUACAACAGGAGCUCUUGUGCAGAUCAUCUUUGGAGACUCAAAAGCUGGAGCUCAUGGCAGAGGUUUCCAGCCUGAAACUCAAGCUUGCUGGUAUGGAGAAGGAGAGACUUGAGUUUGACGAAAGGUUCGGGGAUAGUGAGGGUUUGAUUUUAGAGAUCAAUGACUUGAGAUACCGCCUGUCUGAGAUGGAGAAUGAACGGUUACAGUAUGAAAAGAAAUUGAAAUCCACUAAGUCGCUAAUGGCUAAACUCUCCAGCCUGAAACUCAAAAUGGGCCAGAUGCAGUAUGAAAAACAGAGGAAGGAACAAAAAAUCCUGGCACUCAAGGAUGAGCUGGUUACAUUGAGAAGGCAGCUGGAUGAGACGGGGUCCAGAUCCCCGACGCCUGCAGGCCUAGACGGCACAGAGAGAGUUUUCCAUACUGAAGAAACGUUUAAAAAGAGGCUCAAAGAGAAACAUAUGGAGGUACAGAAGAUGAAGAGAGCGAUGGAGUCGUUGAUGGCGGCAAAUGAGGAGAAGGAUCGAAAGAUUGAAGAACUACGACAGUCGCUUUUGAGGUACAAGAAAGUGCAGGAGAUGGUGAUGUCUGCACAAGGACGAAAAGAUAAGGUCAGAGAAGGAGACAGUGAUGGAAGCAAUAGCGACAGCUCCCUGUCCAUGUCCACCGCCCUCUCCGUUUCCAUGGACACUGAGAAGUCGGUGCUCGAUUGCACAGAAGAAGUGAUCGGGAGGGGACAGGAUGAGAUGUCUACAUUUGUCAGUACACUUCAAGUGCCAUCCCUCAGUGUAUCAACCUCCGACAGCGGUCCAGUCCUGGAACAAAUACAGUCAACAAGUGAUAAGGGGUGUGAGGAGCCAAAUCAAUCACAGGAGACCCUGUUACAUGAGAGUCCCGAAAAUUCAGAGGUCACAAAGUCUGGGAGUCUGAACAAUCUGGAUGGAAGAGCAAGUGAAAAGAGACCAUUGGCAGUGGAUCAGAGACCAGCAGAGAGCAAGGCAUUACAUGAGUUCAAUGAGAACACAACUCUACCACCCAAAUCCCCGACAACAAAUCGCACUGGCGAGGACGACAGCUUUGGCACCAGGAAGGCCAGAUCGUCCUUCGGACGGGGCUUCUUCAAGAUCAAAGGAGGAAAGAGGACCGCGAGUGCCCCUAAUUUGGAUCGAGGCCGGAGUGCAAGCGCUCCAAUGCUAGCUGAGACGGAGCGGGACGGCACAGAACAUCUGGAUUUGGCAGGCAUGCCGCAGAGGUCAGCUGACAGCGACAGCACGCACACACUUCCCAUUUCCCCUGAGGGAAAGAAAAAGUCGAAAGGAAUCAAAGCACUCUUUGGAAAGCUCAAAAGAAGUCAAUCAACCUCAUUUAACCUGGACGAUAACCUAUCAGAGAGCGAGUUUAAACGGGGAGGAGUCAGAGCCACAGCUGGGCCCAGGCUCGGCUGGUCACGUGAACUCCAGAACACCAACAGUUGUUCCACUGGGGUAAGGAAUGAUUCUAGAGAUGGAUUCAUGUUUUCCAGCGAGCUGGAUGCUCCGUUUGCACGCUGGUCUCGAGAGCAGGUGUGUGAUUGGAUGCAAGAACAGGGCUUGGGGUUGUACGUAGGUUUGGCCAGGCAGUGGAUCUCCUCCGGCCAGACUCUCCUACAGGCUUCCCAACAGGAUCUGGAAAAAGAGCUGGGGAUCAAACACCCUCUUCACAGGAAGAAACUCCAGCUGGCAUUACAGGCUCUGGGCUCAGAGGAGGAUGACAACAAAGGCAAACUCGACUACCACUGGGUGACAAGGUGGCUUGAUGAUAUUGGCCUUCCGCAGUACAAGACUCAGUUUGAUGAGGGCCGUGUGGAUGGACGAAUGCUUCAUUAUAUGACAGUGGAUGACCUGUUAUCUCUGAAAGUUGGCAGUGUUUUGCAUCAUCUCAGUAUUAAGAGAGCCAUCCAGGUGUUACGUCUUAAUAACUAUGACCCUAAUUGUCUGCGCCGACGACCUUCGGAUGAGAACAACAUCAGUCCCGCUGAGAUCUCUCAAUGGACCAACCACCGUGUGAUGGAGUGGCUGCGCUCUGUAGAUCUGGCCGAGUAUGCGCCCAACCUGAGGGGAAGUGGAGUUCACGGCGGUCUGAUGGUGCUGGAACCUCGUUUCAACGUGGAGACAAUGGCUCUGCUGCUUAAUAUUCCCCCUAAUAAAACUCUUUUGCGGAGACAUCUGGGCACCCACUUUAACCUGCUUGUGGGUUCAGAGGCCCAUCAUCUCAAACAAGAGUGUCUAGAGAACCCAGACUACACCUUACUUACUGCCACAGCUAAAGUGAAGCCACAUAAGCUUGGAUUUGGGGGAUUUGGGAGAAAGAAGAAGCAAGAGGACAAUGAAGAGUACGUCUGUCCCAUGGAUGUGGAGAUGCCCAAAGGAAGCAGCUUUCAGAAGGGCUACAGGAGCAUGGAGCUCCAGAUUUACGACGAUGAUCUGGAUCGACUUGACCAGAUGGAGGACUCUGAAGGAACAGUGAGGCAGAUCGGCGCUUUCUCUGAGGGCAUCAAUAAUUUAACGAGCAUGCUGAAGGAGGAUGAGUUCUUUAAGGAGAUAUCCAUGUCUUUUCCCAAUGCCAGCUUAAGGGACGAUGACUCCAAUGUGUGAGGACACAGCAGGGGUAACCUCAACCCGCUCCUCACCACCAGUACUGCUGCUUUAUCGAAAAUGACUUCUUCAUUGCCAACAUCUCCGCCACACCUAUCUCUGAGACUGCCAAAUACAUCAAUCAGAACCACUUACAUGUUACAUUUGAUUGACCUUGCAUUUCUGAACAUUUAUAAUUGAUGCGUCUGAAUAUAUGUGCCACAGUUUUUAAAUUGUUAUUGGAUGUAGAUGUUUUGAAGACAUGUGAUAUGAUUUCUAAUGAAAAUGAAUAGCGGUCCUACUGUAGUUUGCCGGUCAUUUGAGAUGUGUGUUAUUUAUCAUCAACAAGCCUAAAUCUUAAAGUUGUUCGUCCCAGUAUUUUUAAUGGCAACAGCACAAUGACACUUUCUGUCAAAAUCAAAUAUAUUUUAUUGAAUAAUGGUGGUAAAAUAUUUUAAAGUGAAAAUGUAAUGUUCUACGUGCAGUCUCAAAUGUAUAAUGGCAGCGUUUCGUUUGGUUGAUCAAGCCAGUACCCUCCUUGAUAAUGUAUAUGCCUCAUGCAUUUGCAUGCAAAACUCUGUACAAAGUAUUUUAAAUCCAAUUUGUAAAGGUUUGCAUUUGCAUGUUAUUUAUAUCAAAUAGAAAACAUAUUAGCAACAUACGGUGCAUUAUUUUAAUAAAAGUUCCUUGUGACAUUACUUAAAAGAUGGGAAUAAUAAUAUUCUUUAUUGAAAUGCUAUUAUGAAGCAUGGAUCUUUUUGCAAUAUUAUGUGCACAAAAUUUGUAAACAUCGAGUGCCACUCAUAACCAUUUCAGAGUUACAUGUUUCUACUUAAUUGACUUUUACUUAUUUUUGAGAGAAUAAAAUACUGAAAACAAACA